UUUGGAAUUGUCUGUGUAAUUUUCUUAUCACUUCGUCCUUACAUUAUAUGACUGGACAAAAAUUUCUGAAUUAUUGCAAGAUUAUUCAGGUUAGGCUGCUGUUAGAAUUAUUAAGUUCUUGAAAUAAGACAUCCAUGUUCAUUCCAUCACUGCCUUGAAAAUGGCUUCUCGAGAAAACAUUGCAGGGAAAUACAGAACUUACAUGAUUGAAGAUGAUGAGGAAAAGAACAUAGAAUGGCGAUUUGGUUCCCGUCCCAACUAUGAAGCUGUCGACAAGCUCUUCGAAGAAGGAAGAACUCAUGUAUGGCCGCCGGGUUCGCUGGAAGAGAAGGUCGAGAACAUCGUGAAGACAUGGGAAAUGGAGAUGUUCCACAAAGUGAACCCCGAAGACUACAAAGUAGUUGAUCCCGACAAGUAUAGAUUCAGCCUAAAUGGGAGAGAAGCGCUGUCGCUUGUCGAGAAAAGGAAGCUCGGGGGAGGAUACAAUUCUUUGCUUCAGACAUCCUUACCUGAGAAAUUCAGGUGCUUCGAUCCCGACGAAGAGACCGUCGAUUCGUCCCACCGUGCUUUCACGACCGCAUUUCCGAGAGGGUUUGCGCUCGAGGUUAUUCGUGUCUACUCAGGGCCGCCGGUGAUUGUUUACAAGUUCCGGCACUGGGGUUUCAUGGAGGGCAGCUUCAAGGGACACCCGCCUACCGGAGAAAUGGUCGAGUUUUUCGGGAUGUCUGUAUUCGAGUUGGACGAGAAUUCGAAGGUCGUGAAGGUGGAAUUCUUCUAUGAUCGCGGCGAGCUGCUCGGAGCUCUCGUGAAGGGCGACAAGAUCGACGGCGGUGUCGACGUCGACGUUUCCAGAAGCUCUUGCCCGGUUCUUAAGAACACUGGUUAGAAAGGAUUCUGACGUUAUUGCAACACAAGUUAAUAAAUUAUGGUUUACCUCGAAAUGACCGUUGUGAUCAUUGUCUUCAGAUUACUACAAUGGCAGCUCAUAAUGAUAAAAACUGGCAAUAAUUAACGGA